AUGCAAGGUUCACACAGUCGAGCUCCCUCAGCAGGAGAUACAGCUGCUUUGGACAUAGAAUCUUGUACCACACCGAUCUCAAUGGAGUACCGUGAGCCUAUAUACACACACGAGGGAAAUGUCACUACGAUUCGGAAGUUUGCCUAUCACCCCCCAGGUGUUACAAAGAUCAUUGGGCGUGGUGGCGUGUGUUGGAUUGGUCUCCUUGACGAUUCCACAGUUCUAAAUUAUCCUGAUAUCCGUGGCAAUCUUAAAGAAUUUCAUACAGAGGCGAAAAUUUUUGAAGCUCUCGGAAGCCACCCUCGAAUCAUCGGUUUCAGAGGCUUGACCGAACAUGGUAUUAUUCUACAACGCGCAGCUAAUGGAUCCUUAGCCGAGUAUGUUGCAUCCCAACCAACUAUUUCUCUCGACAGACGGCUACAUUGGUGUAAACAAGCUUUAGAAGCUGUUAGCUUCAUUCAUACAAAAAAUGUCAUUCAUUGUGACAUAAAUCCAAGAAACUUCCUCCUUGAUGAAAAUUUGGAUCUACUGCUUGCCGACUUCCAGGGUGUGCUUAAGUCCCCUACCGGUGAAACUCUACUGGAUGGACUUGCUCGGGAGAGCACCAAGGCAUAUUUACCCCGUGAUGGGGGAAGCAGCGUCACGUCCGUAAAGACUGAUAUAUUCGCACUCGGCUGUACUAUCUACUCUUUAAUGACAGGCCAUGAAGUCUUCCCAGACCUCGACCAUUUUGAGGACGAAGAAGAAAUCGAAUCUCGCUUUCGAGAUGGAUUGUUCCCAACCGACAGUCAACCUUGUUUUGCUAUCACAGAAAAGUGUUGGAAUCAACAAUACCUUUCCGCGGAUGAGAUUUUGCAUGAUCUUUCCCUAGUGGGAGCUGUCAAAAGCCACGUUGAAUGA